AUGGGACGUGCGGCGGUCCGCGCGGGGCUGACGCUUGCAGGAUGUUUCCUGGUGGGCCUGGCACCCUCCUGGAGCCAGGUGCCGCGAAGGGCAGGCGUCCCGGCCGUGGAGAGUCUGCUGCCGGAGCUUCUGGAGCUCGGAGCCGCCGGAGGCGCUCUGAAAGCGGACGGCGGGGGACGGCUGCCGAGGGAUGCGGUGGAAGAUGAAAAUUUCCUAUGGGACCCUUCUCAGUUGCCAUAG